UUUAGGGCUCCUCCGGAGGCAUGGAAGACGAAGAAGGGGCGCGUGAUUCUACCAGUGGGAGAAAAAAGGCCACGGCAAGGUCGGCGCUCCUCGCUCUCCUAGACGCGGGGUUUUGCCGAUUGGAAGAGCUCUCGCGAGUGCCACAGAAGGACGUCUUGGCGGCCGCGCACAGGCACAGCAGUGGCACGGUUUUUGGCUGGCUUAUCGGACUGGGCUUGAUCGCCGAGCAGGAGAAGGUGGUCUACAUCGGUGGGACGAAGCGAUUCCGGCACCUUCUGAAGGAAGGAAUGGUAACCAGCGAUGGGCUUGUGUGUAGCUGCUGUGAUGAGCUCUUCAAUCUCUCGGGCUUUGAGGCUCACACCGGGAGCAAGCUUCGCCGACCGGCAGCCAACAUCUUCGUGGGCGAUGAGGCCCAGCUCUCCAUCGCCGACUGCCAGAAUGUAGCUUUCAAGAUGGAGACUUUGGAAUCACUACCGGUGCCCAUGGCGAGUGUGGAGGAGAUGGAGCGAUGCGAUGAGAAUGAGGAGGAGGAGGAAGAGGAGCUUCCCAGCAGCAAAAGGACCAAGCUUGACGAAUCCUUUGGUACGUCGCCUAGCGUAGAAAAGGAAAGCUUUGCUUGCCAGACCAACUGCGAUCCUUUCGAGUCGUGUGACUACUCGAAGAUGCUCCCGCCGCUGGAAGCAAAGGCCGAGCUUUUCAACAGCGAGGGGCUUCCAGUGGCUCGCAGGCGAAAGUUCGAUAGCUACUGCCAGAGCGACGAGGACUCUGGCCUCACCACUGUCUCCUCCGGAAGCGACGUAGACUAUGAGGCCGCCGCGAACAGCGAUCAAUGCUGCGGGAUUUGCAACGAGGGUGGCGAGCUCGUGUGCUGCGAGACGUGCCCGUUAACUUUCCACAUGGAAUGCGUAUCGCUGCUCGAAGUUCCCAAGGACGCCUGGUUCUGCUUUCGGUGCCUUUGCUGCCACUGCGGCGAGCCCCUGAGGACGCAGCCGUGCGAGCAGUGCGAGCGGUGCUUCCACCCGGGCUGCUGCGACGACGCCAUCCUGGCCGGGGACUUUUUCUUCUGCUCCUCUGGCUGCUGGAACAUUUUCCAGAGGCUCGCGGAGAUGGUGGCGACGGUGAAUCCGUUGGGGCGAUCGGAGCUCUCGUGGAGCUUGCUGAGGCGGGGCCGCUGCGACGACAAGCUCCUGGCGGAAGCUCUCCAGGUGAUCUCGAGCCGGUUUGAUCCGGUGCUGGAUUGCUGGACGCAGCUCGACUACCUGGAUGCGAUGGUGUUUAGCCGCAGCCACCACUCGCCGAGGCUCGACUUCAGCGGCUUCUACACGGCGGUGCUCCAGAGGGGGGCGGAGGUGGUCGGGGUGGCGGUGCUGAGGAUCCACGGGGCGUGGCUGGCGGAGAUGCCGUUCAUUGCAACCAAGGCGGGGAUGGAGGGGCAGGGGAUUUGCCGCAGCCUCUUCACCGCGGUGGAGGAGAUGCUGGCGCGGCUGGGCGUCGAGAUGAUGGUGCUACUAGCGGCAAAGGACACGGAAAAGAUGUGGAAGAAUUCGUUCGAGUUCCACGCCAUGGAUCGCAAGCUCAAGGCCCGGACGGUGGCGCUCGGCCUGGUGGCGCUCAAUGGAGCGGGCUUCUUGCAGAAGAGCGUGGGCGAGAGGGGGUGGGAUCAUGAGGCGGCGGCGGAGGAGGUGGUGGUGGCGGCGAAGAAGCGGCGGCGCGGCAGGCCGAGGAAGGAGCAGAGCGAUGCGCCGGCAACGCCGCCAGCGACCAGGGCGAGGCCUCCGAGAGCAACCGAGGUUCACUAG